AUGACCACGGUUGUAACCAAAAUCGAUAAAUUAAUUAAACAAGAAAGGACUACACCAGAACGCAAGAAAGAUGAUACCACAAAAUCUUCAAAUGAGAUCCUUUCAGAACUUUUUAGUGUUUUUAAUGCCGACCCUCCGAAAAUUGAAGAAAUUUCGGUUAAAAAGUCAAAAAAGAGUAAAAAGAAGCAUAAAAAGGAGAAGAAGAAACGUAGUCGAAGUGUAAGUAAUUCCAGCUCAGACGAGAGUGAUCAUUCGCGUAAACGGAAAAAGAGAAAAAAAGUCAAAACUAAGCGAAAAGAGAAGCACACUCGUCGUUCUCCUUCUUGCCAUCGCUCAAGAACUCCAGUCAUUGUUAAAAAGGAACCCGAGUUACCAAAAAUAAAAUCGAAAAAUGAAGUUAAGAAUGAUAAUGUCAAAAUCAAAGAGGAAAGCAAGGUUAAAAGUGAAUCUUGUGUUAAAGAGCCAAAUGUAUGUAUUAAGACUGAAGACGAGAAGCCUACUGUUAGUACUUUUGAUGCUAGUCUUAUUCCUAUGCCAGAAUCUCCAAAAGAGAUACAAACUUCUGAUAAAAAAACAGAAAAUAUCACAACUGAAUGUGAUAAAUCCAAAUCUAAAAUUCAAAUUAAAAACUUAAAAUUUAGUACAGUCUUUGAAGAGACAGUUAAGAAAGCUGAAGAAGAAGCACGUAAAAAAGCAGAAAAGAUUGAAGAAGGUGAAUGUACAGACUCAUCUAGUGGUUCUGUUAAGGAUUUAGACAUUAAUUCACAAUUUCCAAAAACAUCAGAUCCUGGAGGCAUUUUAAAAAUGCAUGAAGAAAGUAAACAGCUUGAAGAAGAAAAGAAUAUUGCUAAGAAAAAUAAACCAGUUGAAACAUCACACAAAUCUUCAAAGAGAGAACGAAGUAGAUCAAGAAAGAGAUCAAAAAGCAAAUCGCGACGUUCACGAUCACACUCUACAUCGAAGCGGCGCAGACAUCGUUCCAGGUCCAGGUCACGACGGAGAAGUCGCUCAAAACAUCGAAGCAGAUCUCGAUCAAAAAGGUCUAAAUCCAGAUCUCGUCAUCACUCAAGACAUCACUCACCAAGACACAGGAGUCGGCGGUCAAGAUCUCCAAGUGGUGUAAAAUUGGCGGACAGUGAAAAGAAACGGCUUUUAGAGGUAGCCAGGCGAAAUGCCAUCAAUAUGCUUAAGAAUGGCGCAGUGCCAGCGGGUGCGGCAGCUUUGCCACCUCACACUAGGAAUCAAGUCAUGGCUGCUAUACAAUCUGGAGGUAAAUCAGUGGAUGAACUGACAGACUUCUGUAAACAUUUAUCAAAGAAGGAAGCAUUAGGGGAACUGUCAUCUGUUUCAUCUAAUGAUGAAAACAUGAGCGAGAACGAAGACACCAUGGCAUUCCAUCAUCCGUUCCUCGUGAAAGAAAAGGCGCCUAUUGUAAUGAAUAUAAGAGGUGGUGCACCACUACCCGUCAAGUCUACUCUUCUCCCAAUCGCCAACAAGGAUGAAUUACGGAUGCAGUUCCCUGUUUCAUCGGGCACACAACACAGAGAAAAGGCCUCUGAAUGGGUACCAGUUUCUCCAAAGAAGGACAUGCAAGUGGCAAAACUAAAUUCAAAACCAACGACGAAACCACCUCCUGCUGCCAUAGAGUUUACAAAGACUGAGCCUCUAGCCUUGCCUGCUCCACCGCCGUCAACUCCAGCAUAUUUACAGGCCUUUACAUCAGGAAGUCAAUUGUCUUCCGUCCCUGCCCUGCCAGCUCCGGGUCCGCAGGCAUACCCACCAGGAAUCGAAUCUCCUAAAGCUGACGUGGAGUCAAUUGUGUCGCAGAAAUUGUCUUUGAUACGGAAGGAACAAGAGGAAAAUGAGCUAUGUAGUACACGGGGGUUCGGUUGGACGUCGAAGGAUUCUUCAUUAGGCCAGUUCACAGGAACAACUGGCGCUCAGAUUCUAACUCCAAGGGAACUGGCGAGCGGUACACAAGCCUGGGCUAAGAAGGACCAACUGGUACGGGCCGCGCCUGUAGAAGGCGGCAUGGGCAUGCAUUUGCUGCAAAAAAUGGGAUGGACUCCAGGCCAAGGUCUGGGUAAAGAAGGCACCGGAACACUUCAACCAUUGCUUCUCGAGGUCAAGUUGGAUACUAGAGGUCUACAGUCGAAAGAGGAGGUCAGAACUAGACCGGUAAAAGGUAUAAAGCCCCAGCGACCAAGCCGUCGUGGUCCAGCCCCACUCGUAGCCGGUGGGAAGCAUCCGGUGUCACUCCUGGGAGAAUACUGCUCCAAACAGAAACUGGGCCCACCUGAGUACAAUUUGUGUUUUGAAUGUGGACCUGACCAUAAAAAGAACUUUUUGUUCAAGGUAAAAGUAGCAGGGGUUGAAUAUCAACCAGCUGUUGCCAGUGCAAAUAAAAAACAAGCAAAAGCAGAUGCAGCUCAAUUGGCACUACAAAAACUUGGCAUUGUUACACAAUAA